CCGUGUUAAGUUUUGAAGUUGAACAUUAUUUGACAAAUGAUCUGUAACAUUUUUUACAUCUUUUAUAAUUCGCUCAACGAUUCUCAUACGACCCCGGACAAGUUUUCCACCUCACAGUGUUUGUUAUGAAUAAAUUGCACGAAAUAAGCGAGAGAACUCUUAUCAACAACGAGGAAUACCUGAAGCGACUGGAAGAUGUCAAGAGGAAAUUGGACGAGCAACUGCAACAAGAGUUCUCUCUCAACAGACACAACAGCGAGCAAGUAGUUGAAAAACGCGUCGUCGCGAUAGAAAAAUUCAAUUCGCACCCGAGGAAUUGCUCCUUCGAUACCACCCCAUCCAUCUCGCCCAGGAACAUCAGCAGCUUCGACUUAUCAGAAAAGUUGAAAUCCGAGCACGCGAAGAAGAGGACGUUCAAGAAAUGGACGAGCGUGACGAGGGCGCGUAGCGUGCCCCAGCGCAUCGACGCCGACAUCGGCGACACCUUCGAGAACUCGUUCGUUUCGACCAAGGCGGACGACUUCAAGGCGCGCCUGAACAUGUUCGACAGCAAGAUCGCGCUGUCGGCGAGCAACCUGCAACAGCCGAGCCAGAACCAGUCGCAGAAGGAGUGCCUCACGAAGGACCUCAGCGACGACGUGUUCGAGAAGAAGUUCAAGAUUUUCAUCGAGAAGAGCGUCAAAUCGAUCGGGGACAUUUGUCAUAUUAUAGACAAGGGGAUUGAUCCGCCGGACGGUGAUGUAGACGUUUCCAGGCGGAAAUUGCGAGUAACCGAAUUUUCGAAUCGAUUUUCCAGAAAUUAUUUGUACCCGCUCGUCAGACAGAUUGACGAAUUGAGCAAGCUGAAGGCCAUGCAGCAAGGCUUCAAUCAAAAGUUCCUCUCCGCCUAUCAAGUGAUCUACAACGGGUUGCACGCCUAUCAAAACCACUUGCCUACUUCGAUAGGCGCCUGUUCGUCGGACAAGCUGAAGAUGCUGAUGAAGCAUUUGUUGGACAUCUGCGACAUACACUACAAGGUCCUGCCCGAAGACGACGAAAGAAACUACAAGGAUUUCAUAAUUACAUUUAGACGCAACGCCGAGAUGAUACUAAAAACCAUAGACGAUCAUUUCACCGUGAAUAAUUACAGAAUGCCGACGCAAAUUCGACUGAACUCCGUGCCUAAAAUGACCAAGCCGAAGAAAUCGAAAAACACCAUUCCCGAAAGGCUCUACAUGUACAAUUCGACGACCUUCAGGAAAGAACCGAGGUGGAAACUCGCCGCCGACGCCUUGAAUCAAGGCAAAAGCAAACAGAUCAAAUCGCGCUACAAGACAGCCGGCUUCAAACACCGGCCGCCCAUCGUUCGUAAAUCGGAGAACGCGAGCGCCCACGAGUUGCAGCCCAAAUUGGGCGCCAAGAAGCUCUACAAGAAACCCUCCACGUACGCCGCCCUCAACGACGAGGAUGUCGCCACCAUGAUACAGAUGGAGGGCGAGAAAAUCGGAACCGACGCCAACGAGGACGAGGAGAAACGAGACGAAAACAAAAAGGGAGAGCAGGUUAACAUCGUGGAAAUUGUACAGAAACUACUCCAGCUUGUCGUCGAUAUCAACGCUCGAAAAAAGGACAACGAUAGCGAGGAAAACAUCAAGAGAGACAGAGACGUGGAGAAAAUCAUGGGGAUGUUGGAGAAGUUGAAUAAGAACCCCGGCAUUGAAUCCAUGAACGAUCUACUGAAGGAGCUCCAAUCGGAUACCAGCUGUAAGGAGAUACUGGAAUUGAAGAUCGUGGAUAGCGGGGAAAAUGUUCGAAAUGCAGGCAACGAACGAAAAACAUCACCGAUCUUCUGCUCGGAAGUGAGACAAGGUAAAGAGGCCUUGAAGCGCAACUCGCCGGCAGAAGCGGACAAUUUCGCCGAGUUGGAGAGAGGCUGUCGCGUGAAAACCGCCCACCACCAAGGGGACGGUGAAAAGGAAACUGGGAAAGCCGCACAGAAGCCCUCGACGUCGCUCAACGUGAGGAAAACGUCGAAAACCUCCAGGUGCUUGUUGCCCAUGCUGCCCAAGCAGUACGCCAUCAACAUCAUCCAAUACAAGCUGGAUUUUGGAAAGUACUCCAAGAGUAUUCCCGUUUAUAAGAAGACGACGAAAAUCUUGCCCUGGGUGUUAAUAUCUAAUUUGUCUGAGAAAAUCCUGAAUCUGAUUUUGCGCAACGUGACCAAAGAUAUAGAAAUAAGUGAAGUAGUAGAAAACAUUUAUCAAUCCGAAUUACAGUUUUGUUGAAAAUUUGUAAUAUAAAUAAAAGUACAUCA